AUGGCGAAGCUCACGCCGCUGGCGGUCUUGCCUCUGGCCAAUGUAAUUCGCUCGCUCGUAACGACUACGAUCUCCUCCUCUUCGUUCCUCCUCCCGCCGUCGCUUGCUAUUAUGUCGGUUCUCGCCAACACCACGAACCCGGCUCUGAACCCGGACAGGAAUCCAGUGAUGAAAUAUCUCCUGAAGAAGACAUUUUACGCCCAAUUCUGCGCCGGAGAGACACCGGUCGAGGUUCGACAGACGGUCGAGUCGCUAAAGAAGAUCGGGUUCACCGGUGUAAUUCUGGGGUACGCCAAGGAAGUCGUGCUCACGGAUGCGCAGAGUAGGGAUCUCGCGUCCUCCGCAGGCGGUGUUGCUGCUGAAGAUUGCAUCCGUACCGAGGUAAACCACUGGGAGGCGGGUACCAUGGAAACGGUGCUGCUUGCCUCGCCGGGCGACUUCGUCGCGCUCAAGUUUACUGGCGCAGGCCGGCAAGCCUUAUACGCCUUGUCCAGCUGCGUCCCGCCGUCCGAGGCUCUUGCCGCCGCCAUCGACAACAUCUGCAAGCUCGCGGCCUCGCGGGGCGUGCGUCUACUAUUCGAUGCCGAACAACAGGCGGUACAGGCCGGCAUUGACGACUGGACUCUCGGGUAUAUGCGCAAGUACAAUACUCAUGACCGUGCAGUGGUCUACGGCACCUACCAGGCAUACCUGAAGGCAACACCUUCAACACUGAGUAACCACCUCUCUAUUGCCCGCGACGAGGGCUUUGCCUUAGGAGUCAAGCUCGUGCGCGGUGCCUAUCUAGGGUCAGAUCCCAGGCAUCUGAUCCACGACACCAAGGCCAAUACGGAUGCCGCCUACGAUGGUAUUGCCGAGGCACUACUGCGCCGACAGUGGAGGACACCACUCCGGGGGCCAAAGAAAAUGGACGGGGAAAAGGCCCUCUUCCCGGCUGUGGAACUGGUCCUGGCGUCGCAUAAUCGCGACACGGUCCUCAGGGCUCGGGCAAUACUUGAGAGCGGCGAGCGUGGUACCGCGGUGGCCUUUGCACAGCUGCAGGGAAUGGCGGACGAGGUGAGCUGUGAGCUGGUGGCCACUGGUGCCGCCGGCGAGGCUGAUGUUUCCGGCAUCGGCCUUACAAAAACACAGGUUUACAAGUAUCUAGUCUGGGGCACGACAGGCGAGUGUAUGAAGUACCUGCUGCGACGUGCCCAAGAGAACCGAGAUGCGGUACAGCGAACACGCAAUGGCCGGGAUGCCAUGCGCGCUGAGCUGCUACGGAGGGUCAAAGGCUUGUUUGGCUUCGCGGGCUGA